AUGGUACCGUCGGAAGAUGCUAUAGCUAAAUUCGUCUCUUGUGUUCCAGAUGCCGAUGAGGGCAAGGCUUGGGUGUUUUUAGAGGGCGCAACAACCCUGGAUGAAGCCGUGGAGCAAUAUCUCGAUAACCCAGACAAAUACUCCCAAAAAGAACCUGUAAAGCCCGCUGGUCUUAAACAAGACAAAUGCGACCAUGGCUCAAAUGGCGAUGCCCCUCCGGCGUACGAUGCUACUUCAUACAGUCGUAAUGGCGCACAUUCAGCUCCUCAGCGUCAUAGGCCACACACAAACAAGGUGAUUGAGGCGGCAAGAAUACGCGCCCAAGACGAGCAACAUAUGCAAAAUGUCCUGCAACGCGUACAACUCGCUCAUCGCAUUUACAACAGCGACAUUGAGCCAGAACACGACGUGGAUACAUUCUGUGGCUGUGACAUACAUCAGUACAUGAACCUCAAAGUGAGACGACUCAAUGUGCAAAAUAGGUGGUCAGAAGCAGUCUUGUACCCAGGUGAAAAGGCAUACCAUGACUGCUACCAGGCAACAAUCAGUUACUUUUUCCAGAAUCCAUAUCGAGCACGGGUCUACUCACCAUAUGGCAACUUUAGUCCUAGUUACAGGGGAUGGCAAUACCCCAUCGCCAGGUAUUACAACGUAUCGGUUCGUCAGACCAUUGAGUUGAAUCACAAGGCUCAGCUGUCCAUUGAUGCCAAGGAACCGAGGAUGAAUAUUUGGGACAUUGAUAGCCCGAAGGCUUCGGGGCAGCAUCACACUAAUGGAAACUCGUCAACAUCUACUGGAAAUCAUGAUGAGAAGUUGGUCAACGAGAAAUCGGCGAGUACUAGCCAACAAACUACGUCUGGAGCGGCUGGCAAUGGCACCGGUGAAGCAUCAUCCAGCAAACCAUCAAGAUUCAUAACAUUGAAAAAAGCCCUGUCAAUAAAAUCUCCCGAAGAAAAAGCCGCUGCUAAACUCGAAAAAGCAAUAUCAGAAUGCAGAGGCUUACGUGACGCAAUCGUACAAGAAGAAACCGGUAGAUGGCCAGACCCCGAGUGGCGACAGAUCGUGGCAACGUACCAAAGCAAAGUCGGAAUGGCAAAUACAAUCGAUAAAAUUCGCCAGAACACCCCCAUUCAGUACUUGCACAUGCUACGAGCCGGAUACUUUGAGCCCAUUCCCGUCGCGUGGGCAAACCAGCUAUCCAAUCCACUCAAGUUCACCAUUGAUGCUGCAGCAGGAUGGAGAGGCAUAACACCAACAUGGAGGGGAUACGAGGAUACGGCAGAAGAGAGACUAUACUGGGUAUUAAACCACAGGGCUGGGAAUGGUCAGCGGCUAAAGCCGGACAUUAUAUCAGCGUUGGACCUGGCACGACGGAGGAUGGCAUCUGCCGUUGAGCCGCCUCCCGCAUACUUUGCACCAGAUGAUACCUGUCAUCUGCAACAUACAUCUGAAGGGUACUCUAAACAAGUCAUGCCAGCGCCGUUUCGGCCGUACGAUUUACCAGAGACUGCCGAAGACAAUACCGUGAUAUUGCUCGACGUUUCUGGCUCGAUGGACUUCGACCCAAUGCGGCCAUUGUACGACGAGUAUUUAAUAACAGGGUACACUCGAUCGAAUCAACCCAAGAACAAAGCCACCGCCAAAGCCAUCAUCCGUCGCUUCACAGACGCCCUCUCCAACCACGACAACAAUUUCCAAGGCUACCAACUAACCACCUUUGCCAACCAAGCCGAAUACAUCGGCAUCCUCAACCACCAAAACUUCGAAAAGAUUUGGAAAAUGGUCAACUUCGGUGGCGGCACCCGCGUCAUGACGGGCUGGCAAAAAGUCAAGGAACUUCAUUUCGAGAAGCACUCCGCGUCGGCGACGCACCACCCCGUAUACGGCUGGCAGGCUGGGCCGGAAACGCCCAUGCUAAGAGUGCUAUUGCUGCUUGACGGAGAGGCGCAGGAUAUGGAUGAGUUUGAACUUGAUCUGCUUGGCUUGUCGUGGGUUCAUGUCACGAUAUUCUUGAUUGGGGUUGAUGGUUGCCCGCACCAUCAUCGGCAUGCGAAUGAGUUGCAGAGGAUCAGUGAGGUGAAUCCGCAUGUUUCGUUUGUUGAUGCGCAGGGGAAUACGCCGGAGAGGUUUGUGACGCAUGAGUUGUUGAAGAGGCAUUUGGGGUAUGAUGUGUCGAUGCGGGAGUUUGAGGAGAUGGAGCAUCCGCCUGCGUAUGUUGCGUGA